AUGGGGGAUUUCAACCUAGCCCAGGUGAUCGUGGCCGCGGUCGUCUGCGUCCUCGUCCUCCUCUUCAACAUCUACCUCCUCGUCAACUACCAGCACCCCGACGACGUCAACCAAGCCUACUUCCCGAAGCUCGUCGUCGUCGCCGGACUCUCCGUCGCCGCCAUCUCCAUCCUCAUGCUCCCCGCCGACGUCGCCAACCGCCAAGCUUGCCGUCACGCGAUCUACAAUGGCGCUUGCCAUCUCACCCUCCCGAUGAAGACGCUGUGGCUUGUUGUGUAUAUUGUUGAUGCUGUCCUUGUUUUCUUCUUUAUACCGUUUGCGAUGUUUUACUACGAAGGGGAUCAGGACAAGAGCGUGGGGAAGAGGCUGAGGAGUGCGCUGCUCUGGGUUCUCGCUUCGGCUGUUGUCUGUGCUCUCGCGCUUGGAAUUCUAUACGGGCUUGUAGGUAAAGUUGAUUUCACAGUUAGGCACCUUUCAUCAUCGGCAGAGGGCUUCCCAAGUUCCUGGUCUGAGUUCUCAAGCAGCCAACCUUGUAUUGGUUCAUCUGCUCGCCAGUGUGAUGCAUACACCGCAAGUGCUUCUUCAGAAACCACUUGGACAAUGCGUGCCACCUUCCCAGAAUAUGUUGUGGCUCUUGCAACUAUUGUUGGAUCAGUGCUGUUCACAAUAUUUGGAGGUGUUGGUAUUGCUUGCUUUCCGUUGGGACUCAUAUUUUCAUUCAUACGCCGCCCCAAGUCAGUUAUCACUCGUUCCCAGUAUAUAAAGGAGGCAACUGAACUUGGGAAGAAAGCUAGAGAACUGAAGAAGGCUACUGAGGCCCUUCAUCAGGAGGAAAGAAGUGGUUCCAAAGGGAGAAAAUGGCGCAAAAAUGUGAAGGCUAUUGAGAAGGAGUUGCUCCUUCUUGAAGAUGAUAUGAAGGCUUUGGAAGAGAUGUACCCUCAAGGAGAAAAGGCAGAGGCUGCUUGGGCUCUCACUGUCCUUAGCUAUUUGGGAAAACUGCUGUUGGGGAUUUUUGGGUUAAUUGUUUCAGUGGCAUGGGUUGUGCAUAUUAUUAUAUAUUCGUUGAUCAGUCCUCCUCUUUCCCCUUUCUUGAAUGAAGUGUUCAUCAAAUUGGAUGAUGUCUGGGGACUGUUAGGUACUGCAGCGUUUGCAUUUUUCUGUUUCUACCUUCUAAUUGCAGUGAUUGCUGGAGCUAUGAUGCUUGGUCUAAAUCUAGUUUUUAUAACCAUUCACCCGAUGAAGUGGGGAGCAACUUUGAUGAAUUCCUUCCUGUUUAAUGUGGGACUCAUCCUUCUAUGCUCCAUCAGUGUGAUUCAAUUCUGUGCCACAGCUUUUGCGUCCUAUGCACAAGCAACUGCUGCGCAGGAGAUAUUUGGCCACACGCUACAGUCUCUUCGCGGAAUUAAGUAUUUGUACAAGUAUAAUGUCUUCCAAUAUGGCUUUGUUGGUUUUGCCAUACUGACCCUCUUCUACUAUGCGGCAUUUGGAUGGAGAAAGAGAAAACCAAGUGCUCGGUUCCAGCUUACUAGUUAACCAUAUAUCAUGCACGAAGUCUGAAUCAAAUCCCUUGAAGUUUUUAUGCUGUUUGCAUGUUUUGAACUGGUACCACAUUGCUACCUCUUGUGCCUUCCAGCUCUUUUAUUGCCUGCAACUGAGAGCCUGCACGAAUCACUUGUCAACUGGAGAUUAAUAGAGUAGGGCUUCCUGACAUUUUCGGAUGGUCUUUGUUGGAUACAUCCUUUGUGUAAUUUAUACGAUUUGCCUUCCCCGGUCUUUAUUCUUCUUACUGCCAAAUGUAUUAUCUAUCCCUUGGUUCACCCCCAUUCUGUAAUCUAAAUUCCGAGAGAAGCGGAGAUUUAUAGAUUAUGUGCGUGCAUUUUUUAUACAUCGUGGGUGAAAGUUUUGUAAAUUUUUUUCAUUUGCGUAAGAAGAUAGCAGCAUGGUUUGUUCGUGUA